AUGAAAGAAAGUGCAUCAGUGCCGAUAAAAAACGCCAUCGAAGUGACCAGCCAGCACUCCAUACUCGCAAAUAAACUGGCGGACCGGCUGGUCCUAAUCUUCAGAACCAAAUGUUCAGAACCGGAAUGGAACUAUUCCGUUCCUAACUGUAGGAAGUGUUGCACAGAAUUAAAAUUCAGUUUCUUUAAAAAAUUGGCCCAUGCAAGGAAAAAGAACAUAGAACAACACAGAUUAGCUUACAACAACACAAUUGAUCAUACAAUCAGCAACUACCCACGACAACUGCUCAUCCUUCGAUAUGCAAAUAAGGGAAGUCGUUCCACCACCCUCAACAAAGAUGGCAACAAACAUCACCAACACAACCACAUGUGGAGAGCAGAGAACAUCAGAAACGAUCAUGAAGCCAUCAGCGCAUCAUUAAUCUCAAACUCUUCGUAUCCCUCCCAUACUAAUAGAGGCAAGGAUUACAGACAUUUAUCAGCCACAUACAUUUAG